CGAAUAUCCCAAACUUGAACACAACCAAAGUUUACUAGUAAUCCAUUUUUGACCUCGGCAUGAGUGAUCAAGUCAUAGCAGCAAAAGUCUCAGAGCAGGCUGCCUCCAGGGCGGCGCUCAUGAAACUCCUCUUUUUCGCUGCAACUCUCGCCAUCCUACCAAUCUCAUCCUACUUUUUCACAGAAAAGUAUGUUUGGUCUGGCAAUUCCAACUAUGCAGCGAUCACCGCUAUAUGUGUGGCCAACCUAGUCCUCAUUGCGUACAUCGUCGUUUCUGUGAUGGAAGACAAGCAAUCGUUCAAGGAAGCGGAUGAGAAGAAACUCUCGGAAUCUAAGAAGGAGCGAUGAAUUGGGUCACUAUUCACUAUGUAUGUCGUUGUCAUCUAGGCACUUUCAAUGCACACUCUCUUUCUGUUCA